AAUGAAUGCAAGAAAUAGUCAAAAUCCUCUAAAAAAACCCCAAGUUAACUAUCACCGUUACUGGCCACCGGACGUCACCGUAUUCCGCCGUUAUUCUACCGUUAUCCUUCUCAUUCAUCGGAGAUUCAGAAUAUUUCGAGGGAUUAGCUAUACAUAUUUCCAUAGAAUUCGAUGAUCUACGGGCACCCCAGGCGAAUUAGUAUUUUUGGUUUGAUUAGGUAUUGGCUAUAAGAAGAUUUGGAGGAGUGGUGAGCUUUCAGUAGAGAGAGAAUGGAGAAGUCGAGUACUUUGGACUACAUCAACCAGAUGUUCCCUACAGAAGCAUCUUUAGUGGGUGUGGAGCCACUGAUGCAAAAAGUACACAAUGAGAUACGCGUUGUGGAUACAGAAAUUCUUGCUGCUGUCCGUCAACAGAGUAAUUCAGGUACAAAGGCAAAGGAGGAUUUGGCUGCAGCUACACGUGCUGUUCAGGAACUCAUGUAUAAAGUCAGAGAAAUUAAAACCAAAGCUGAACAAAGUGAAACAAUGGUUCAAGAAAUAUGUCGUGACAUCAAAAAGCUGGAUUUUGCAAAAAAACACAUAACAACUACAAUCACCGCCCUCCAUCGUCUUAAUAUGCUUGUGUCUGCCAUCGAACAACUUCAAGUAAUGGCUUCAAAACGACAAUAUAAAGAGGCUUCUGCACAGUUAGAGGCUGUCAGCCAGUUAUGUAGUCAUUUUGAUGGCUACAGAGAUAACCCAAAGAUCACUGAGCUAAGAGAUAAGUUCAAGAACAUCAAACAAAUUCUCAAGUCUCAUGUGUAUUCUGAUUUCUCCAGCUUAGGUACGGGGAAAGAGACAGAGGAAAGCAGUUUGUUGCAGCAUUUAACAGAUGCUUGUUUAGUUGUUGAUGCACUUGAGCCAUCAGUGAGGGAGGAGUUAGUGAAGAACUUUUGUGAUAGGGAACUUAUUUCUUAUCAGCAGAUAUUUGAAGGAGCUGAGCUAGCAAAGUUGGAUAAAACAGAGAGGAGAUAUGCUUGGGUGAAACGCCGUUUAAGAACAAAUGAGGAGAUUUGGAAAAUCUUUCCAACUUCAUGGCAUGUUGAUUAUCUGCUCUGUAUCCAGUUCUGUAAAUUGACCAGGUCACAACUUGAGGACAUACUUGAAAACCUGAAAGAGAAGCCAGAUGUGGGAACACUACUGAUGGCAUUGCAACGGACAAUAGAAUUCGAGGAAGAGUUGGCAGAGAAAUUUGGUGGUAGUGGUAGUACCAGAAAUGUAACAAAUGACUUUGAGGAAACAGAUAAAGAUAAAGCAGAAAGUAAUAGUAAUAAUAAUAAUAAUAAUCAGAUUGUACAAGACAUUCGUAAGAAGUAUGAGAAAAAGCUUGCUGCACAUCAGGAUGAUGAUAAAGAUUUAGCUGUGCCUGGAGCAGGGUUUAAUUUUCGUGGAAUCAUAUCAUCUUGCUUUGAACCACACCUGAUGGUAUAUGUGGAUUUUGAAGAGAAGACACUUAUGGACAAUUUGGAGAAGCUUGUUCAGGAAGAAACAUGGGAUAUGGAUGAUGGAGGUCAGACCAAUAUUUUAUCCAGUAGCAUGCAGGUAUUUUUGAUUAUCAGAAGGAGCUUGAAAAGGUGCUCAGCCUUGACUAAGAACCAAACUCUGCUAAACUUGUUCAAGGUGUUUCAAAGGGUUCUAAAAGCUUAUGCUACAAAGCUAUUCAUGAAGUUGCCUAAAGGUGGCACAGGGAUUGUUGCAGCUGCCACUGGGAUGGAUGGACAUAUUAAGACAUCUGAUAAAGACGAGAGGAUGAUAUGUUAUAUUGUGAAUACAGCAGAAUAUUGCCAUAAAACGGCUGGUGAGUUGGCUGAGAAUGUCUCCAAAAUCAUAGAUCCCCAAUUGGCUGAUGGUGUAGACAUGUCAGAAGUGGAGGAUGAAUACUCAGCAGUUAUAACAAAAGCAUUAGUAACAUUGGUGAAUGGGUUGGAAACCAAAUUUGACAUUGAAAUGGUUGCAAUGACCACACGUGUCCCAUGGGCUACACUUGAAAGUGUGGGCGACCAAUCAGAGUAUGUGAAUAACAUAAAAAUGAUCCUUAGUGGUAGCAUCCCUGUACUUGGAACCCUUCUUUCUCCAGUUUACUUUCAGUUCUUUUUAGACAAGCUUGCUUCGUCCCUGGGCCCACGCUUCUAUCUCAACAUCUUCAAAUGCAAGCAGAUCUCAGAGACUGGAGCUCAACAAAUGUUGUUAGAUACUCAGGCUGUAAAGACGAUACUUUUAGAUAUUCCAUCCCUUGGAAAACAGCAACAGGCAUCAGGAGCUGCUGCUAGUUACUCCAAAUUUGUGAGUCGUGAGAUGAGCAAAGCCGAAGCACUUUUAAAGGUUAUUCUGUCCCCGGUUGACUCAGUGGCAGAUACAUACAGUGCACUACUACCUGAGGGAACCCACUCUGAGUUUCAGCGAAUCCUAGACCUCAAGGGGCUGAAAAAAGCAGACCAACAAACAAUAUUAGAAGAUUUCAGCAAACGUGGGUCCGGGAUCCCAAUCGCCACGUCAGCAGUCCAGGUGGUCCCCACCACAGGUGCAGGUGCAGCAGGUCCUCCUCCUCCAGUGGCAGUGGCGGUGGUGAGUCAGCAAGGUGGUGGUUCUUCUUAUGGUGCAGCAAUGAUGAGCAGUGCAUCAAGAGAAGAUGUGCUGACAAGAGCAGCAGCACUGGGUAGAGGUGCUGCCACUACUGGUUUUAAACGCUUCCUUGCUCUCACUGAAGCCGCAAAAGACCGAACCGAUGGUCCUUUCAGAAAACUCUUCAAUGCAUGACCAUUCUUUCAACUCCAUGCAUGUAUUUUCUACCAUAUCAUACCAAUCAAAUGACCUGUAUUUUUUCUUAAUUACUAUUUUUGACAUGAUUAUCAAAACUUACUUUUAUUUUUUAUGUGUGGACUGGACUUUUUGUUAGGUUAUAUAAAAUUCACUACAUUUGGGUA